UCCGGGUAGAAACACUUCCGGUUUGGGGGAAAAGGCGCUGCAGCCAUGGCUGAAAGCCCAGAAGGCGCCCCUUGUCGGCUGGAAUUUGCCGUCCAGAUGACAUGCCAGAACUGUGUGGAAGCCAUUGUGAAGACUCUGCAAGGAGUGCCAGGCCUCCAGCUCCUUGAUGUCCAGCUGGAUUCCCAGAGUGUGCUGGUGGAGACCAGCCUUGGCACUGAGAAGGUCCAAAGCCUUUUGGAGAGUACUGGCUGCAAAGCUGUGCUAAAAGGGAUGGGAAGUACUGUGCCAGGCAGCGCAGCUGUGGCCAUGGUGUCUGGCCUUGGAUGGAUACAAGGUGUGGUGAGGUUCCUGCAGAUCUCCCCAGAGAAAUGCCUGAUUGAUGGUACCAUUGAUGGGCUGGAGCCAGGCCCUCAUGGCCUGCAUGUCCAUGAGUUUGGAGACAUCAGCAAUUCUUGUGACAGCUGUGGGGACCAUUUUGACCCUGAUGGAGAGUGCCAUGGAGGUCCGCAGGAUGUACACAGGCAUGCUGGGGACCUUGGCAAUAUUGUGGCUGCUGCUGAUGGAAGAGCUUCCUUCCGGAUGGAAGACAACCGACUGAAGGUCCAUGAUAUCAUUGGACGGUCCUUGGUGAUAGAUGCAGAGGAAGAUGACUUGGGCCAAGGAAGCCACCCGCUCUCAAAAGUCAUGGGAAAGGUAAGAUGCUGAGGACCAAGAGUGGCUUGUGGUAUCAUUGCCCGUUCCGCCGGCCUCUUCCAAAACCCAAAGAAGAUAUGUACCUGCGACGGAGUGACUUUGUGGGAAGAACGAGAACGGCCUGUGGCCGGGCAAGGCAAGUGGGCUACCAACCGACCAGCCCCGCAUCUCUAAAAUAUUGAACUUUGGCUUUGGUCUCUUAUGCUUGCAGAGUCAACAUAUUGGCAGAGAAUGCAGGAGCGAGACGUGGAUGUAGUAGCAUAAGAGAGCCUUCCUUAAUUUAGCUAUGAUUCAGAACUAUAAUUCUCAUAAUUCUUUGCAAAUGGUAGGAAGGUGCUGGAAAGUGUAUGUCUUGUAAGGCAUUUGAUUCAGGCGGCUGCCAUAAGGAGAAAGGCCCACGAAAGAGGAAAUGUGUGUAUACACUUAUAUACAUACAAAGACACUGCCAUGUUAGUCUGGAUAGGUAUGCAAAGGGGUCUUUCCUGAAAGAAGCGUAAGCAUUCGUAGACCUUUUUCUUCCUUUCCGUUAGCCUCAACCCUGCGACAAGACCCCUUUGCAUAGAUGCAUAAUGUGAAUGAAGAAGUGGAGGAGAGAACUCCAUAAUAUCAACAUUAUUUGGUCCAGAAACAUUCCAAAAAACAAAGUUGCCUUUUCUUAGGGAGAUUGUAGAACAACAGCCUUUUGCCCAUGCGCAAAUAUUGUAUCCAUGUUUUUCUUUUUUGUGCACCUUGACGCUUCCCCCUUUUGCCACCUCUUCUUGUACCUUUUUAGUGGCAGACCUGUUUUCCCUGCCAUGCGUUCUACGCCUUUAUGAGUUGUGCGACAGGCAGACAGACAUUCAGCAAAAUCAGCUUUUGGGCUAAGUAAUGGCAAAACCAAUAGCAAUGGGGGAAGCUUAACUUGUCGAGUCUCUGCAGAAUGCAUAGUUUUAAAAGGCACAAAAAGGUUUUUGCUCAGGGAAAAUGGUGGCAGCCUUCUUUGCUGGGGCAGGACACGAAGUGUCUCAGACCCUUGUUUGUAAGGAUGUGUCCUGGCAACUAGGGCCUUGUGAAGUUGAAGGCUUUCACGGGUGGCAUACAUAGUUUUUUGUGGGUUUUUCGGGGCUCUGUGGCCAUGUUCUAGAAGAGUUUCUUCCUGACGUUUCGCCAGCAUCUGUGGCUUUGGCAUCU